CUGUUUUCUUUUUCUUUUUCUUUGUUUUUUUUUUACACUCUCCGCUCUUUCUCUCAUCCUUCUUUGUUCUCUCUCAUAUUUUCUGUAUUUGUUCGUUUCAAUUUUUUAGCUUUUGGAAAUUUUGUAGUGUAUGUAACGAGAUGAGUUUCCAGUGGAGAAAAUGGAAGUUUCGAGCUUCUUUCUAGUCUUUUUUUGGGAGUUUGAAUUUCUUGAAUCUGAAUUCAUCUCUUCCUUUGUGUAAUAUUCUGUGCUACAUGUUUGCUUUUUAAUCAAAUUUACACAUCUGGGUAUAACUGAACUGUAUCCAACUUCUUUUACUUUAAUUUCCCUUUGUAAUCCAAUGGCGCAAGCCGAUGAGGGUCACCAACAACGGCAGCAUGAGCGCAUGUCUGUGAGCAACAAUUUCUCUGAGGAUCUGUUGCAAAAAUUCAUGUCUACGAAUCGUUUCAACCACAAAAUAUGUGAAGAAACAGAAGAAGAAGAAGAAGACGAAGACGUUGAGCUCAGCCUUGGACUGUCGUUGAAUGGUAGAUUUGGUGUCGACCCAAGAGCUAAGAAGCUCACUAGAGCAUCUUCAAUUCCAGAUUUCAUUAAUCCAGAAAGAGAUAAUGGCAAUUCUUUUAUGGCACCUUUGGUGAGUAACAAUCUUGUAAGGACUUGUUCUCUGCCUACAGAGACAGAUGAGGAAUGGAGGAAGAGAAAGGAGAUUCAGAUGCUUAGGAGAAUGGAAGCGAAAAGGAAACGAUCAGAGAAACAAAGGAAUUUGAAGGCACAGAAGGAUAGAAUUAGGGGUUUUGGAGAAGAGAGCUGCGAGGAGGAUAAGAGAGAAAAUGGCACUAUUAGCAAGAAUCAUCAUCAUCGGCAGGAGCUGUUUGUCAAGAAUUGCAGUGGGUUGUUUGGAGCUGGUGCAGAAGGGCUUUUACCACGAGCACAAAUCACAGCACCAUCGCAAGGAUCGACUGGAUCACAGGGAACUGGGUCAUCCGGGUUAGAAACCGAGAACCAGCAUGUUCAAGGAAUGCACAAAUGCAGCGAGGCAAGAAGCCCUGUGAGUGUUCAGUCUUUGUCAGAGUGCGAGCAGAAAUUGGCGGCCAGCCCUGAAUCAACAAUGAAUGAAAAAUCUAGUAGUCCUGCAGGUGUUGCAAGAGAAAAUAGCAGACCAAGUGAAGCUACUGUAAAGAAAGCAGCCAAGGGGAACGUGAGAAAUGUAAUGGAAGACAUGCCAUGUGUGUCUACAAAGGGAGAAGGCCCGAAUGGAAAAAGAAUAGAAGGUUUUCUGUACAGGUACAGGAAAGGUGAGGAGGUGAGAAUAGUAUGUGUUUGCCAUGGAAGCUUUCUCUCCCCAGCUGAGUUUGUGAAGCAUGCCGGUGGUGGUGAAGUAGCAUAUCCCCUUAAGCACAUUGUGGUUAACCCCUUUCCUCUUUUGUAAUCGUUUCAUGUUAAAGCUUUUCAACGAUGGUGAGGAAAAAUAUCAACUAAGUUUAAGUUUCAAGUUUUGUUCUCGGAUAUUGAAUAUAUGUAAUGCCUCUUGCUGCAAGGGCAAACUCGCUCUAUCUGCGCGACUUUGAGAACUCAGGCUUCAUCAUUAAUCUGGAAUCAGAGUUCAACCGGUGAUUUGUAGUGUUA